AUGAUCAUCAUCAUCAUCAUCAUCAUGACUGCUCUUCAGGUGGAUGAGUUCCCUCUCAUGAUGAGGAUAGUGUGCAAGGACGUGACUGCUGAGACCCUUUACGAUGUCCUUCAUGACACCAGCUACCGGAAGAAGUGGGACAGCAACAUGAUUGACACCCACGAUAUCGGCAGGCUUACUGUCAACGCAGACGUAGGAUAUUACUCCUGGAAGUGCCCGAGCCCCCUGAAGAACAGGGACUUCGUCACCAUGAGAUCAUGGCUUCCUCUGGGCAACGACUACCUGAUCAUCAACUACUCUGUCAAACACCCGCAAUAUCCACCCAAAAAGGACUACGUGAGAGCGGUGUCGCUGCUGACAGGCUACCUGAUUCAGUCCAACGGAGAAAACUCCUCCACUCUCUAUUACCUAACGCAGGUCGAUCCCAAAGGCUCCCUUCCAAAGUGGGUGGUGAAUAGAGUUUCUCAGUUCGUAGCACCAAAGGCCAUGAAGAAGAUCUUCAAGGCCUGUCAGAAGUAUCCAGAGUGGAAGAGGAAGCACAACCCUAACCUGAAGCCCUGGAUGUAUCCUGAGCAGAACACCUUACCGUGUAUUAACGUGGCUGACCUCGUACUGCAGAGAGCUGACUCACUGGAGAACAUCGACGAGAGCAGCCUGACAGAGGAGAAACAAGCUCAACAUCACAGUGACGAUGAAGAGACCUAGGCUAACUCUGAGUGAAGAGACUUUGUUUGUAUAGAAUUGUGUGGAUGUGUUUAAAAUGGCACCCUAUUCCCUAUAUAGAGUGUGCGGUCCUCUGUAGCUCAGCUGGUA